UAUGCAUAUUACUCAAAGAGCUUUUAUAAGAUGCUUAAAAUACCUAGUCGACUAUGCUGACAUUGUAUUUAGUUUCAUUUUUGGAUGGAAAUUAUACGAACCUAACUUGGAGGAUGUUUUGAAAAGAUUAACAAAACAAGAAUUAGAAUUAAUUAGGGAGGAUAAUUUCUUUAUGAUAAAUUUACAAAAAAUAUUCCAAGAAUUACCAAAGAUACGUGAGCUGUCUCUAACCGGGCGUUUAAUGUUACGAAAUAAUCUAUUGGCGGCAAUUAAGAGACGUUGCAAGUUUGAUAGAUAUGUUAAUGAACAUCCUGAAAUAAAAAAAGUCGAGAUAAAGAAUCCAGUAUUUAUUGUGACUUUAUUUAGAACAGGAAGUACGUUUUCUCAUUGUCUUCUCAGACAGGAUCCAAAUUGGUUUGUUACUGAGAUUUGGAUGCAGCAAUUGUUGUGUCCCUCUCCUUCUAAUCCUUUAUCAUCGAAAGAUUUAAACAAAGUAAAAGAAUGCCAAAAGAAGAUAGACUCCUCUCAGGCCCUUUGUGGAUGGAAGAAUAUCAGGUCCAUGCACAACUUAACGGCCAGAGAUCCCGAAGAUAUGCAUUUUAACAUAAGCAUUACAGGAGUUCAGUAUUGGUACUCCACAUUGGACGGGGUGGAAGAUUAUGUAAAUUAUAUACAUAGCCUGCCUAAAUGGAGAUGGGUAGAAAUCUAUAAAAGAGUUAAAGAGACUCUGCAAUGCUCCGCAAAAGAUUACCAAGAUGCUAGGCCUUUAUUAAUGAGUCACAUAGGCUUAAAUAACAUGGAAGCUUUACUUGAAGUUUUCCCCGACGCCCAAUUUAUAACAUUACACCGAGAUCCAGUUAAGUCAUUAAAUUCAGCCAUAUCUCUAAUAUCAAUAUUAAGAGAGGCGUGGUACGUUUACGGUAAACAAAAAUUGGAUAUCCUCCCCGAAAAAUUUUUCAAUUUGUAUAUCAAAGAAUUAAAUGAAUAUAUGAAAUUAAGGAAGAGAAUAGAAGACAGAGACUGCCACCAAAGAAGAUUCGUAGAUAUAAAAUUUAAAAUUCUAUUGGAGAAGCCCAUUGAGUGUAUGCAAGAAGUAUAUAAGAAAUUAAAUAUGAAAUGGAGUGAUCAAGUUGCUGAGAAAAUGCAGUAUUAUAUAAAGAAUCAACGUCAACAUAAAAAGGCUACUCAUAGGUUUGAGGUUAAUAAGGAUAAAAGCAAACUAUACUAUACGGCCUUUCGAUCUUAUAUUGAUAAGUUCCAGGUAGAUUGCGAUAUGAAAUAG